CUAACAGCACUUUAAAAAUGUACUUGUCAACUCUGUGACCUUCCAGUGCAACUCUAAUUACUCCACCUGUCAAACGAAGCAUUUCUUCGAAGAAUCGCAACCAAAAGCUGAAGAGGGCAACGAGGAAGAUGAGUCGCCGGCGACAAUGGAAUCCCAUGUUCCAGGUGGCCAAAUGUGAGAUGUGCCCCAACCAGGUGGACGACAUUGUUACCGGUUUGUGUGUCCGCUGCUUCUCCAUUUGGGCCACCGAGAAGCCGCGGCUAAUUAACACGUGCUUCAAUUACAAGCAUGUAAGGGCCGCAAUUGUGAGUGCCUGCCAGGAGCAUUCGAGACACCGAAACAUGCACUCCACCUUCCUUCACGCCAUCGAGAGGGAAAAAUACCGUCGACGGCUGAAGGUAGAACUCUUUCAGAGGGUUCGCGCCCAGUUCCAGAACAAUGUCCUCCUGGAGGCGUUCACCGACCAGGAACCGCGACCUUUUCAUAUCGAGGAUGACUACUACAAUGUGCCAGAAAUAUACGAUCGAGAUUUUAUACUUUUUCAACACCAAGUCGAUAUGCUAGAGGAUAUGAUUGGUUAUAACAAGGCCCUAGAGGAUCUAAAUAACAAUUAUUUUUACUAUCGUAAAAGCUAUACUGUGAUCAAAUAAAAUUAU